AUGGUCACAAAGUUAGACAGUGUGCUUCUGCCCAGAAAAAAGUUCAUCUAUCAUUACAAGAACUUGCGCUGGGCCAGAGGCCGGUGUGAGACCUACCUGUGCUUUGUGAUAAAAAGACGAGUGGGCCCAGACUCCCUGUCUUUUGACUUUGGACACCUCCGAAAUCGUAAUGGCUGUCAUGUGGAGCUGUUGUUUCUGCGCUACCUGGGGGCCUUGUGUCCUGGUCUGUGGGGGUAUGGAGUUACUGGUGAGAGAAAGGUCAGCUACUCCAUCACCUGGUUCUGCUCCUGGUCUCCCUGUGCCAACUGCUCGCUCCGACUGGCCCAGUUCCUCAACCAGACGCCCAAUCUCCGUCUCAGGAUCUUCGUGGCUCGUCUUUAUUUCUGCGACAUGGAGGACAGCCGCGAGAGAGAAGGACUGAGGGUGCUGACGAAGGCCGGCGUGCACAUCACAGUCAUGAGCUACAAGGACUACUUCUACUGCUGGCAGACCUUUGUGGUUGGAAAACAAAGCAAGUUCAAGGCCUGGGACGGGCUGCACCAAAACUCAGUCCGCCUGUCAAGAAAACUCAAGCGCAUCCUUCAGCCCUGCGAGACAGAAGAUUUAAGAGACGCCUUCAAGCUUAUUGGACUGUGA